AUGACGCGUCCCAGGUUCUCUCGGGUUCAGCCAUCCCUGGAUGACCGCAUCUUCCCCACACAGCCCGGUGUCGCUGCCGUCUACAGCGUGAGUACAUAUACCCUGCACCACACACACUCACACAUUCCUACUGCACCACAUACCCAUACGCUCAUACCACACACACUCUGGUUGUGAACCUCGCAAGCAAACCUCAACCACAUCUCAGGUCUGAUGCACAGUCUGUUUAGUUCUCACAUUCAUAAAAUCUAGAAAACAAAGGCCUGGUGUGUGUAUGUAAUGUUGCGUAUGUGUAAUGUAUGACAGAAACAGAAGGGAGAUCACUUCUCAACCUGACCUCGGCCUGCUGCUGGAAAGAUGUGGCUUUCACCUCAGGGGCCCACUGCAACAUAGUGAUUCAUAAUAACCGUCAGCAUCACACCCCACCUACCCCUGCUGUGCCCCCAGUCCACUUACUCUGAUGCAUGAGCUGACCCCCUCUCCACUGCAGUGUGUGUGUGUGUGUCUGAGCUGCUGCUCUGCUAGAUGAUGCUGUGCUGAACUGGAGGUAAGGGUCUGUGAGGGGGAGGAGACAGGAGACAGGAGCCACCCAUACAUUGGAGAUGAUGCUGUGGAUUAUUUGAGAACGUAUGAAAAAUAGAACAUCAUUUUCAGAACCUCUGCUUGGAAACCAGACACCGGCAUCUCUUCCUAUUGAUUGUGGUCCAGUGGAAGUAAAGCAUAAAGGUUUAUACACAACAGGAGUCGAAAACCAAAUCUGUAAUAAUGCACUGAGGUUAUCAACUUUGCUAUCUCACUUGUAUUUAAGUUGAAUACAGAUUUGUGCGCAAGGUAGUUUUGUCAUACGUUGUCUGAUGUAAUUGAGGUCCUAUCACGUCAUGCUAGCUAGUUGAUAAGGACAUACACAGCAUUGAGAAGUGUCAGUUGCAAAUGACUGUGUGGGAUUGGUUAGCGGUUUGAAAGGCUUUGGUCUGCUCUGCUGCUGAGGAGAGGGCUGCUUUCUGGACUCUCUUCCCCUGCAUGUGUGGCUCCUGCCCCUCCCCCACCCCGACUGUCACACUGCGUGUCAGUGGAAUCAGUCACCGGCAGAGACUCCUCCCCUGGCAACAGAAGUCAGAUUAGCUGCUUUAUCCUGGGUCAACCAGGGGAAAUGGGCCACACAGAGAGAGAUGCUAGGGAGAGUAAACCAGCGUUAAGAGAAAAACAGUAUAAUUUUGUCGUAGGACAAACAGAGGAGUGUUACCGCUACCUCACAGAGACUCCUGUGCAGAAGCAGCAGCGGUGUAGGCAGCACCUGCCUGCCUGCUGCCUGCAUUAUCUGCUGUGCCAGGCCUGCUGCUGCAGCAACACCUGCAGUGGGUUACAGCUCACAGUAGAGCACAGUGGCAAGGCAGGGGGAUAGUACAGCAUGAAGCACACUGCCUGCAAAACACUGCAAAGGGAAAGACCGGGCAGCACUUCACAGCCAGGGCAGAGCCUGAGUCUGCACAGCAGGGCACAACACACUUCAUGUCCAGCAUAGGCUCCUCUGUACAGAAACAGACAGGGGUUAAUCCCUGCCUUAGCACCUUAUUUAUAUUCCUCAGCAGGAGCAAGUCUAAUGACCUGUGGAAUCCUGUGCAUGUGUGACUGUGAACAUUCUCUGGGUGAUUCUUUGCCAAAAUGUAUACAGCUUCAACACACUAACAAAUACCGGAUAUCAUGUAACUCAACACACAUACAAGCAUAUACCCUCUAUCUUCCUAUGUCUUCAGUGACUCUUUCAUUUUGUAAUCAUCUGAUGUCCUCUCUAUCUCUCUCUGUGUGCUGUAGGUACCGAGGCACCCUGGUCCUCCCUACACAACUCACGACUACACAAAGGGACACCCUAACUUGGCGGGCACGCCGCCAGGGCAUGCCCACUCGCAGGCGCUCUCUCAGGUAUCAUUACCCACAGCUUCCCCAUAUCGCUACCCUAAGGGCUGGGAGGCAGGCGGAGGGGUGAGUGUAGCCGAGUCUCCGCCGUCAUCCUCUCUGCAUCUGACCAUUAGUCUGUCCGUCCGUCUGCCUGUGUGUUUGUCUGUAUUUCUCUCGCUCUCGCUAACAUCUUUAUCAAAAUGCCUGUUGCAGCGUGCUUCGAGUGUGUGAGUUUGUUAAUGAGUUAAAUACACAGAGUGCCUGUUGAUUGGUCGACGGUUGUGUUUUUGUAACUCUGUAUGUCCUGUGCUGUUUGUCAAUAGUCCAAGAGAAGCACAUUUGUCUUAAUGAUCAGAAUUCCACAGGACAUCAGCAGCUUCCAGACUGCUGCGGCGCUCUCUUUUUUCCUCUCUGCUCUCCAUAAGAGCCUGCUAAAGGGGUCAUCAAUUUGUCACUGAGACAGCAAGUCAAUUACAUUGCUUUUGCUGUGACUUGCUAGUUUCUCCUACUGCCUUGAAGUGCACACGCACACGCACACGCACACACAUACACACAAUCAAAAACACUUGGUUGCAAUUCCAUAAUGUGUCAGCCUUUGCGGAAGCUGUGUGUGUGUGUGUUGAAAGGGUUCCCAUGACCCUGUGUGUUCACCAUGGUCCCCCCAGCCCACACACUGCCUCGGCCUGAAGGAGCUGCUCUCUCUGGCCUAAUAAUAGUGUCUGCAGCCGGUGGCACAACUUUAAUUAUCCCAGCUAUAUAGCCACACCACCAGCCUCUCAUGAGGACAAGAAGAGCUGCUUAAAUUCCCUACACUGCACACAUGAAGUGAUGCGAUACAGGGGCUGGUAUUAUAAAAGCUCCUUGGAGAUGUAGUCAAGCACAAGAUAUCCCCAUAUUUAGCUCUCAGGCCUAACCCCUGCAGAAUGUACCAGAUAGGCUGAGACAUUGGUCUUUUUCAGUGUUUAACUAGACUACUACAGUAGAUUUACCAUGCUAACACACACACUGUCCAUUAUUCUCCAUUGCUGAGGAGAACAACAGUUUGGUUGGUCUAAAUAAUUGUGAACUCAGGUGAAAUGUCCAAACUGAUGAGUCAUCCCAUCUCUCAUCAGCUUGUUCUUAACUACUAUUUUCCAUCUCUCUUCCCUUUUUCUCUGUCCUAAAUACGACCCCUUCUCUCUGUCCUUUCCUCUCUUUCCUACAUCCAUCCAUCCCUCUGUCCCACCCCUAUGACAGUCUCCAUACACCACUGGACAGAAUACUGGCUCAGCACCUCUAGUGUACUCUCCUCAGACCCAGCAAAUGAACACACAGCCGCAGAGUCGCCCG